AUGGCCGAAGAUUUGGACGAGGUGCUUUUGCAGACGCUGGAUAUGCUCGAGUGGCGCCUCCGCCGCAUCGAGUUUGUCCUUGGCGGUAACGUCUCCGCCGAGAGCCAACACACCGACGUGCCCGUCACGUCUCGGAUACAGAAGCUCGAGAGCCGCCUGUCCAGCGUCGCCGGCAACUCACGCGCCAUCAACGACAUCCUCCAGCUACAAUCCAAGCACGCCGACAUCUUCGCGCCGACCGAGCCGCCUGCGCGUCCUCCCCCGAGCAGCAUGGACGAUCCGACGCCCGAGAUUAAGCUCGCUACCAUCCUCACCGAGGCCCCGGCGUACCCCGCCACCGCUUCGCAGCUGACUUCGCUGCAUGACCUUCCUCUGCCACCAACAGAAUCGUUCACGUCACUGGUCGCACUCUCGCCUCGCAUCGCUCAGCUUGGACAGACACAACUAGCUCAGGCAUACGAAAUAUCGGAGCUGAGGAAGAGGAGCGGGAAGGCUGUGUUGAGAUGGCACGAGAUCAUGGUGUUGGGCCAGGGCAGAUGUUGGGCUGAGUGGGACUCGCGGGUCCGCGAGGCAGAGAGGGAGGUUCGUAGGGAAGAGGUCAAGAUCGAGCGUGAAUCUGGCGGCGCUUGA